UUACUAGUUAACCCUUGACGGUUUAAUCUUCUACAUUUAAACCUUUCAGACAUGCAGCUUUACUUGUAUUUAGUUAUAGUUAUGUACAGUGUACAUAGAAGUGUACAACAUUCAGUUGUAAAUAGACAAAUAGGUCUCGAAGGUCUUAUUCAUGGAAUAGGUGAUGUAAUCGUUAACCGGCCCUGGCGAGGUCAAAUCGGGCAUAGAGGUCCCGGAAACAGGAGGCCCUACAAUAAUGAUUACGAUGAUAAUUCAAAUGCGAAUUCGAAUGCAAAUUUGAAUGCGAAUUCUAAUACGAAUACUACAAGUCAGUCUAGCAGCAAUGCAAAUGCAAAUUCCGUAACUGUGAACACUGGGAAAGAUUCUGUGGUUAUAGAUCUAAUCAGGGACAAUAUUAGAGAACUGAAAGCAGAUAUUCGAGAGCUGCAGAGAGAUGUUAACGAAAUCAAACGAACUAUUCCCACCCUUGGAUAGACAAUAAUUUACUUGAUUGUGUGCAGAUUUUACCUGACUGGGAAAUGUCUAAAACUUUUUUAAAAUUAGCAAUAAAAAUGUUAGGGAACAAA